AUGGGAGUUUCAACAAAAUCCAAGUUCCUCAAGAAUCACAACACUAUUGUAAAUGCAAAAACUUGGUCAAGGUCGUGUCAAACCGCUAUUCACGAAGGCAUUAAUAAGACAAAGGUGUUGCAUACGAUGUUUGAGAAAAAGAAUGCCAUGUGUCCCAACAAGCAUAAAAAUUCUUUGGAGGCAUUUGUUCAAUGUUCAUUCAAAAAGAGGCCCAAAGAGCCAAAAAUCGAUAGAGAAUCAAACUGGAUUUUAGCUCCUCUCAGACAGACUGCUCUUGACAAAAACAAAAUUAAUAAUUACAAAUAUUUUACUCGAAAAUCUGAAUCAUCGCCAAGUUUAUCUAAACUAUCAAAUAAUCGUAAAAAACAAGAGUUUUCUUUGGAUCAAAAUAAAAUUCUACAGAAAUCCAGAUCACAUAUUUACGUUAAACAUUUUCAGUCAGCAAAACUGAACAGAACACGGUUAAAUAAAAAUCACUUGAAUAUAAAUGGUAACAAUAAACCAGAUGAUGCAAUGUCUUAUGUUGGAAGUAUAGCUGAAACAGUAAAUACAACAUAUCCUUUCACAAAAAUGACCUCCUCGCGACCAGUAUAUCAACGAGUAAAAAAGUUUUCGAAAUUGUCCAAACCAUUGGAUAAUUACAACUUUGUUAACAACAUAAAUCAAAGUUCGCAAAAAGGUUCCAGCGAAAACGUUACAGCGGAAAGUGAACCUAAACCGAAAAAACCUAAAAAGCCUAAAGCUGUUGUAGAGGGAGAAGAACCCACCCAAUCACCAGACACACCAGUUGUUGAAGAGCCAAAAAAGAAAAAGAAAAAAUCGGUUGAUGAAGGCGGACUAACAGGAGAGACAGAAUCUUCGCAAAAACCAUCAGAAGAACCAAAAACAGUGGACGAUGAAUCCGGGCAGAAACCGCCAGAAGAACAAAAACCAGAGGGCGAUCAAUCAGAUGAACCAAAGAAGAAAAAAAAACUAAAGAUACCAACUAAUGAGGAAGAAACGAAAAGGACUUCUAAAGAUUCUCAAGCGACUACCCCGGUGAAGAUAAGUGAUGCUGCCUCGACAGAAGAAAAACCUAUUAAAUCCAAGAAAGCGGUAGCGACUGAUGAGCCGCAUAAGAUACGUGACUCAGUGGACUCAAAAAGAACUUCAAAAUUGAAAGAUAGUUCUUUACCUCCUUGCGAUGGAGAAACUGACGAGCCGUGUAAUGACGCUGACAAAAGAAAGAAAUCUAAAGAAGCAUCUGAAGGAGAAAAAAAAUCGGCAAGAUUUGGUGGCUUUGUUGAUGAAGGAGAAAAAAAAUCUCCAAAAUUUGGCGGUUUUGCAGAUGAACCUGCAACCUCAGCUGCAACUGGAAAACAAUUAGUUCAAGGUGAAGAAAGUGACGAGGGGGGAGAUUUUGAAGACGAAGGUACAAAAUAUUUGAAAGAUUUGAUUGGAGGAGAAACAGUUAGACCUAUUGAGUUGGCUCAUUACAGGAGUGAAGAAUUUAUCGGUACUGCUAUAACUAUGCGGGGAGGAUAUAGAUUCAACAUCAAUUUUUCUCAAAUUCCGCAAGAAGAGAGUGAAGAGGAAGAAGAUGAAAUUGAUGAUGAAGAAGAAGAAGUGGGAGAGCCAUUUAGCGAAGAUAAUGUUCAGCCCAGUGAAAAACCUUAUUGUCAGACAAGUUGCUUCAGAGAAACAUUUUUAAAAUUUAUUAACCUUUGGAAAAAUGAAAUAAAUGACAAAGUUUUUGAGAAAGUUGAUCCAAAUCCACCAAUUUUCAGCAAAUCUACAACGAGUUUCAUUGAUAACCAAGCUGUAGAAAUAGAAUGUCGUCCAAAGCCCAAACGACAUAGAUAUUCAAAAUAUUUCAGUGGUGAUAAGAAAUUUGGAGAAUGCGACAUAUGCUUGUUUUGUACACCUAGAUGUUGUCAGAAUUAA